AUGUCCCAAAUCCCAGAGCUCGUCAGGGACACGAAGCUGUCCACCAAAAUCGAUGCUGAGCACACAACACACACAUUUUUAGAGUCAGCUUCGGUGGCUGGUCGGAGAGCGAGGCGCAGAGAGCGCAAAGAAGUAUGGAAGAAGAAGAGAUAUCUAGGGAUCGGCAUCUUCGGCACAGUAUGGCUGGAGGAAUGCAUGUCAGAAAUCCAGGAGAACAAGCUCCGCGCUGUGAAGGAGGUGCGGAAGAUGGGGCCUGGCGCAAAGGUGAUGGAUUAUAGUCGCGAGCUGGAGGCUAUUGCCAAGUUCUCUCAGCAGAAAUUUGAUGGAUGCUUCGUGAAAUCCUCCGGGUGGUUUGAAAGCCCAGAUGCUGUGUGUAUUACCAUGGAGUAUCUUCCGAAUGGUGAUCUGCAGAAGUACAUAACCCAGCCUUUGCCGGAGAAAGAAGCUCAGCAGAUUACUUUCCAGCUUCUGGAGGGUCUGGAUUUCAUGCACAGCAGUGGGUUUGCACACCAUGACCUCAAGCCUCAAAAUAUCUUCGUCCUGUCCCAGGGUCCGGAUUGGUGGGUCAAAAUCGGUGACUUCGGUCUCAGCAAGCGCGUGAUGGAGGGAUUUACUGGACUGCAAACUUUCAACGGCACUCCAGCCUUCUCUGCUCCGGAGGUCUAUGAGCAAGCGUGGAAGCAGCAGCAAGGAAAUGAUGCGCCGGUCUUGGAUCCGACUCCAGAAGUCGAUAUCUGGGCCUUGGGUGUGAUUGCCUAUUAUAUGCUGACAGCGAGGCUACCAUUCUCUCUGAGCAAUCAACUUCUCGACUACUACAAUGGAGAAGCAAACCUUCCUUUGAAUUCAUUGAUUCUAGUCGGUUCCAGCCCGGAUGCCACAUUAUUCUUGGAGUCUGUAAUGACGGCAAAGCCCUCUAAUCGCCCAACCGCCGCAGACUCCUUAACCCAUGUCUGGGUAGAAGCUGCACAGCAAGAGCCACCACCACCAUCUCCAACAGGCAGCCAGUGGAGUUUUACAAAAUCCCCCAAGCUCAUCCCAAGGCUGCUGAGCUCACGGGAACCCAUCACUUCAACCAAUGAAGGUGCCCAGAAACCAAUCCCGGAUGAUGAAGUACCUCCUCUGAGAGUGUCGAAUCUGGCAACAGAAAAGGCAGAAGAACUAUUCGCCGGCGACGACACACCUAAGUACGUGAUCAACGACCUGAACCUCGGAAAUCCGCCGCCAUUAGGAGCCAGUAGAUCCUUCGUCGAGCGCCACCCCUCCUCCACCACAGAAACCGAGUCAAUCGCUCCAUCCGAAGACAGCGAGCGUCCGGUUAAAUUGACUCGGUACUUUCGCCGCUCACCCGCUCAAUCCGAAGACGGCGAGCGUCCGACGACAUUGCCCCGAUACUUCCGCCAAUUGUCUGCAUCCGACGUCUCUCUGGGAGAAAAUAUGCCAUCUCUUCGUUCGCCCGGCACAAGAUUAUCCUCGCAAUUAUCUUCAUCGGAUGUUGCUAGUGUCUCGGAGACAUCUCCCUCUUUUUCACGCCGCAGAUCUGAUGCAGCACCCAUCCCCAUAUCGGACUUGGAAUCCAAUGUCACCACCACGACCAAUCCAAACGGUCUGCCCAGCAUCGCAAGCAGCAGGAACAGCGGAGGCGGGGAUCGAUGGGAUAAAUUCCGGAGAGCAUCGCAGAAUAUGAAUUUUGUUCCACGCUGGAAUAGGCACGGGAGAAAGGUUUCGGAGGUUUCGAUUCCUACGUCUUUGUCGAGGUGA